AUGAGUUCAGUUCCACAUAUCCCAUUUGAUAGCUACGUGCCGAAGAUCGCAAUCGUCACAGGUGGUGCACAAGGAAUAGGCUAUGCUAUCGUCCAUAGAUUGGCAGAUGAUGGCUUUGAUGUUGCCAUCAACGAUAUACCCACAAAGAGGAAAGAGCUAGACACUGUCACUGAAGAGGUUCGCAAGAAGGGUCGACGUGCAAUUGCCGUUCCAGGAGAUGUAUCCUCUGAAUCUGAUGUCGUCGCUCUGGUUGAGACUACCGUCUACGAACUCGGGGGUGUGGAUGUCAUGGUUGCAAAUGCAGGAAUCAUACUUGCUGGUGAAUUCCUCGAACUUCCUGUUGAGAAAUUGGACGCCACUCUUGCAGUAAACGUUCGUGGCGUUUUUCUUUGUCUUAAACAUGCCGCCCUGCAAAUGGUGAAGCAAGGACGUAGUGGAAGAUUGAUAGCUGCGAGUUCGGUGAUGGGCAAACAAGGCGGGCCACAAAUAUCAGCUUAUUCGGCUUCGAAAUUUGCAGUCCGUGGGUUGAUACAGUCUGCCUCAAUUGAUCUGCGUAAAUACGGAAUCACGGCCAAUGCAUAUGCACCUGGAGUCAUUCGUUCAGCCAUGAUUGUUAACAUGCAACUGUUCCAAGCCAAGGGAUUUCUUGAAGCUCAAGCCACUGCAGAUGAGGUGAGCUCUGCCAGCCGACCCUUCGCGGAACCCGAAAUCGUCGCCAGUCUGGUUUCCUACCUCGCUAAGCCGGAAUCGUACUUUGUGAAUGGCCAGAGCAUAAUUGUUGAUGGAGGCAGCUACCAUUUUGAUUAAACAUUCCCGGCUUCAAGAGACUAUGCAAAUGGUCCAUGUUCUUUGGGUUUAUCAAUUUGUUUGAGUAAGCCCAGUUCUGUAAGGCAAGGACAGGAAACAUGCAAUGCAUUAAUAGUCUAAUUGAAAUUAUUAUCAUGCAAACCCC